AACUCCAUUGUUGAAGUGUUGUCUACAUGGGUGGACUCUUUCCACUCAAGACCCAAGUUGUGAAGAGCUGACAACUUUAAAGAUGAUCGCACUGUGUCUGAUAUUUCCACUUCUUGUAGAGAUGGCUGGGACUGAAUCCUCAUCCAUCAGUCAGGAGAUUGGUCUCAUUUCAGGCAACGUUGGAGACACAGUGGUUUUGCGUUGCUUCAAUGCAGGCGACAUGGGAAUAAUGUUCUCCUUUUACAAGCAACCUUUUGGAAAUGUUCCUCAGCUCAUCUCAACCAUCUAUAAGUAUGCCAGGAAUGCAACAUUUUACCAUGAGUUUAAGGGUAACCCUCGCUUCUCAGUGGAAGGUGGCCAAGGAAAAAAUAAUCUAAUGAUCACAGACGUGGAACUCUCUGAUUCAGGCACAUACUACUGUGGAAGUGCUUAUGGAUACAUGGUGGAGUUUGGACAAGGAUUCAUUCUCAUCAUAAAAGAUUCAGGUUCCAGAAAUAUGCCUGUUAUACAUCAGCCUGUGUCUGAGUCAGUCCAGCCAGGAGACUCUGUGACUCUGAACUGUACAAUCCACACUGAGACCUGUGCAGGAGAACACAGUGUCUAUUGGUUCAGACAUGGCUCAGGAGAAUCCCAUCCAGGAAUCAUUUACACCCAUGGAGAAAGGAGUGAUCAGUGUGAAAAGAGCCUUGAAGCUGGGUCUCCGACACAGAGCUGUGUCUACAACCUCCCCAAGAGGAACCUCAGCCUCUCUGAUUCUGGGACUUACUAUUGUGCUGUGGCCUCAUGUGGGGAGAUACUGUUUGGGAAUGGGACCAAGCUGGAUAUUGAGGCAGGCGGGAGUGUAGACCUUCUUCUCUUUGUAUACUGCCUGGCCAUAGCAUUGGCCUUUGCGUUUAUCUUGAUCAUUCUCCUUGCCUGUAUGAUUUACAAGAUGAAGAACAUGUCUGCAGUGCAGUGAACUGGUCUCUCAGACAAGAGGUCCUACAAUUUCCCGGUCAGAUGCAGGGAGCCAAGAUGCAGACAGUCUCCAUUACGUAGCUCUGCCUCUGAGCAACAAGAAGAACAGGUCUAGAAGACAGAGAAGCAACAUGGAGGAAGAGACGGUGUACUCUGGGAUCAGACAGUAGAACAAUAAAACAGAUGUCAAUUAAAAUUCAUGAGCUCUUAAUUAACUGUAUUAGCUUUGUUAUUUUAACUGUAGCAACUAAUACAAGAAAUGUGUUGCUUCUCUGCCAUUUCAUAUCGACUUGCUUGUGAUAAGAUGAAUAAAGCUUUCAACAAUAAUCAAGACAAA